AUGGGCUGCUGCGGCUCACGAGAACCCCCCCCUCCGCUCCCCCUCCGAGACGCUAAUGUCGACAUCUUACACCAGCGAGCGCCCCUCAGCCCGGUUGAACGCCGGCCAACGCUCCCUCCGCGCCUGAUCUCGCUAGCAGAGGACCAAGAAGCGCAAAUAGCAGGUCGUGGUGGUCACAUCGAUGGUCAACCACCGCCCAUACCUCCCAAGAUCCCCCUCCUCCCGCCACGGCCAUCGUCCACAGAGCUACGGGACCCCGAACGCUGGCAAAGUGUCCCGUCAGCCCUGGAGCUGGCAGCCUUGGAUCAGAACGUGCCAAGGGUUCACCUCAACCGCUCAAAGACUUCCACCCUCGAGUUCGACCCAAACCCCCCCCGCGGUCCGACACCAGAGCUGGAGAGUAACCCUACCCCGAUAUACAACGCCAUGGUCACCAGCCCCUCGAUGCCCGGGGGCCGCGGAUACAACCACCACCCUGAAGCGGCUAUCGCGCGGUAUCGGUCCCCGGUGUCGGACCUGGACCCGGAAGAUCUUCGUGCGAGGAGCUUCUCGCCAGUCAGCGCGAUAGACCCGAGGCCGAGGCAACCAAGCUUUAUGGUGGGGCCGCGGACGGGCGCGCAUAUAGAAUUGGAGGCCGCGGGGACGCACAUUGAGUUACCGGCGACGCACGAGGCGGGGCCUCAUAUUGAGCUACCGGCAAUCCCGAUGGAGGCGACGGUGUGCGGGCCCGUGGAGAUGUAUCAUGAGCUUGACGCGGGUUACGGAGCGGUGGAGAUGCCGGCACGGUAG